AUGCAGCUGAGCAACCUGACGGGGGAUAACGGGAGCGGAGCGCCGCCGGAGCCGUCCGAAGCGGGGCUGCCCUCCUCGCCGGCGCGGGCGCUCUUCGUCGUCCGCUGCGUGAUCCCUCUGCUCUACCUGUUGAUCAUGGUGGUGGGCUUGCUGGGCAACGUCACCCUCCUGCGGAUCUUCGCCGGCCAGGGCGCCCGGCGCAGCGUGCCCCACAUCUUCAUCUCCAGCCUGGCCGCCGGCGACCUCCUCCUCCUGCUCACCUGCGUGCCCGUGGACGCCUCGCGCUUCUUCCUCGAGGACUGGGUCUUCGGCGCCCUGGGCUGCAAGCUCCUCCCGGCCAUCCAGCUCACCUCGGUGGGCGUCUCGGUCUUCACCCUCACGGCCCUCAGCGCCGACAGGUACAAGGCAAUUGUAAAUCCAAUGGAUAUUCAAACACCCAAUGCAGUUAUGUGGACGUGUAUAAAAGCUAUUGCCAUCUGGAUAAUUUCCAUCCUGCUAGCAGUUCCCGAAGCCAUAUUCUCUGAAGUGGCCCAUAUCAACGAUGCGGAUAAUGUCAGUUUCACAGAAUGUAUACGAUAUCCUCCGAAGGAUGAUUUACACCCAAAGAUUCAUUCGGUGAUGAUUCUCUUGGUAUAUCUCCUUAUCCCUCUCACUAUUAUUAGUGUUUACUACUAUCACAUUGCCAGGAGUUUAAUUAAGAGUGCACAUAACCUACCUGGAGAACACAGCGAACAUUCUAAAAAACAGAUGGAAACACGAAAGCGCCUGGCCAAAAUUGUCCUAGUCUUUGUAGGGCUAUUUGCUGUAUGCUGGCUGCCCACCCAUGUGCUGUACAUGUACCGGUCCUUUAACUACAGUAAGAUUGAUCCAUCACUUGGUCAUAUGGUCAUUACUUUGGUAGCCCGAGUACUCAGCUUCUGCAAUUCUUGUGUCAAUCCAUUUGCACUCUAUUUCCUCAGUGAAAGCUUCCGGAGGCAUUUCAACAGCCACCUUUGCUGUAGCGUAAUGCCUCAUCAGCAGAGGUCUGCCACUUACCUGAAUGGCUCUUCAGCCAUUCGAAUGACUUCUCUGGAAAGCCAUGGCAGGAACACUGUCACCAUGACAACUCUUUUCAACGGGCAUCACCCCAAGCAAGAAAUAUCUCUGUGA